UUUGCAAUCCCAACAUCUGUUUUAUCAACUCUCCACCCAGAUGAAUUAAAUACGCUAGAGAAGAUUGCUACUACACUUGGAAUCAAGGAAUUUAACCUAAGGAAUGGAGACCCAUGCAGUUUAGGAACCUUAACUAUGAUGCAACAAGUCACUAGUGUUUCGAAUCCGAAGAUGAAAAACGCCAUUGGUUGUGAUUGUAGCUUAUACAACAACGAUACAUGUCAUAUAACAAGCAUAGACCUCAAGACCCUUAGCCUUCCAGGGAUAUUACCACCUGAGUUGGCCGACCUUCGAUAUCUCCAAAGGAUUGAAUUGUGCCGAAACUACCUCUCUGGCUCUAUCCCUAUGGAGUGGGCUUCAAUGCCACACCUCACUACUAUCUCGGUCUGCGCGAAUAACUUGUCUGGGAAGUUACCACCUGGAUUACAAAACUUCAAGAAUCUGACAUCUUUAGGGAUUGAAGCAAACCAGUUCUCUGGUCCUAUUCCUGAUGAGCUUGGUAACAUGACAAAACUAGAAAAAUUGCAACUUGGUUCCAAUCGGUUUACAGGAAGCUUGCCUGACUCCUUUGCUAAACUGAUUAACCUCAAGGAUUUUAGGAUAAGUGACAAUAACUUUACUGGCAUCAUCCCGGGAUAUAUUGGCAACUGGUUCGAGCUUCGAGAGCUACAUAUAUCCGCAAGUGGACUAAAAGGACCUAUUCCUGCAGUUGGCCGCCUAACAAAACUUAAGAAACUGAUUAUUACUGGCACGACUGGGAUAAACUAUUUUCCAAAUAUAACCAGCAACGCCAUCAAAACCCUAACUUUGAGGAAUGUGAGUUUGUAUGGUUUGAUUCCUUCUUACAUUUGGAGUAAGCCAGAGCUAAGGACUCUUGAUUUAUCGUUUAACAAGUUGACUGGUGAAAUUCAUGGAGUACGAAACACACCAAUAUAUACCUAUUUGACAGGAAAUGAGCUUUAUGGAGACGUUGAAUCUAGUAUUUUUCUCAAUGACAAAUCUAAUAUUGAUCUCUCUUACAACAACUUCUCAUGGUCGUCUAGCUGCAAGGAUAAGAGUAACAUUAACACAUACCAGAGCUCAUAUUUGAAGACAAAUUUAACUGAGCUUCUCCCAUGUGCUGGUUCAGUAAACUGCACGAAUUAUCAGCGGUUCCUGCAUAUAAACUGUGGUGGAGACAACAUAGUGAUUACAAACUCUUCUCAGCAUAGUAAAAUCACAUAUCAAGCUGAUAACUACAAACUCAGUGCUGCAACAAAUCAGCACUUCAAAAACUGGGGAAUCAGUAACACAGGUGUAUUUACGGAUGAUAAUGAAGGUGAUAGUGAGGAUCAGUACAUCCUUUCAACUAGUUUAUCUGGAGAUUCUCCUGAUAUUUAUAAGACUGCACGUCGCUCUUCUCUUUCUCUUGUUUAUUACGCGUUUUGCUUGGAAAAUGGAGCCUACGAUGUGAAACUCCAUUUCAUGGAGAUUCAGUUUUAUGAUGAAGAACUAUACAAGCGUCUCGGCAGACGCAUAUUUGAUGUCUAUGUUCAGGGAGAACUGUUCUUGAGGGACUUUAACAUCAAAGAGGAGGCUAAUGGAGCUCUUAAACCUAUUAUGAAAGAAAAGAAAGCCGUGAAUGUGAGCGAUCAUAUGUUAGAGAUUCGGUUGUAUUGGGCGGGGAAAGGGACAACUCUCAUUCCCCAAAGAGGAAACUAUGGUCCUCUUAUCUCUGCUAUCUCCUUAUGUCACAGUCUGGAGCCAAGAUGUGGAGGUCCAAAGAAUGAUCACUUAGAACUGAGAGCGCAAGGUCUGCAAACGCUUUGCUUUACUUGGAGGCAACUGCAAGCUGCAACAAAUAAUUUUGAUGAAGCCAACAAACUUGGAGAAGGAGGUUUCGGAUCCGUAUUCAAAGGAGAGCUGUCAGAUGGAACUAUCAUAGCAGUCAAGCAGCUUUCUUCUAAAUCAUGUCAAGGAAACCGUGAAUUUGUCAAUGAGAUAGGCAUGAUUUCAGGUCUAAAUCAUCCAAACCUUGUCAAACUUUAUGGAUGUUGUGUCGAGAAAGAUCACUUGCUGCUAGUGUAUGAGUACAUGGAAAAUAACUCCCUUGCUCUUCCGCUGUUUGAAAAGGGUUCCUUAAAACUGGACUGGGCAGCAAGACAAAAAAUCUGUCUUGGAAUCGCAAGAGGGCUUGCUUUCCUCCACGAAGGAUCGGCGAUGAGGAUGGUUCAUCGUGACAUAAAAACAACUAAUGUGCUUCUAGACGCCGACCUUAAUGCAAAGAUAUCUGACUUUGGAUUGGCUAGGCUCCAUGAAGCAGAACACAGUCACAUUAGCACCAAAAUUGCAGGAACCAUUGGUUAUAUGGCUCCAGAAUAUGCAUUAUGGGGUCAACUAACAGAGAAAGCAGACGUUUACAGCUUCGGGGUUGUGGCAAUGGAAAUUGUUAGUGGAAAGAGUAAUACGAAACAGCAGGGAAACGUCUCGCUUAUCAAUUGGGCGCUGACGCUGCAACAGACAGGGGACAUAAUGGACAUCGUAGAUGCAAUGCUCAAAGGUGAAUUCAACAACAAUGAAGCAGCAAGAAUGAUCAAAGUUGCUCUAGUUUGCAUAAACUCAUCUCCUUCCUUAAGACCAACAAUGUCAGAGGUUGUGCAAAUGCUAGAGGGAGAGAUGGAGAUACCCCAGGUUAUGUCAGGUCCUGGUUUAUAUGGACCAAACUGGAGCAUCUCAAAGUUGAAGGACAUUGAUACACAUGGUAGCUCGAGCAAGUUUGGUGUGACCGAUCAUCAAACGACAACAGUGAAAUCCUCUGCUUCUGGUUCUAAUCUCUACCCAUUAUACCCAGAAUCCAUGAUCUUAAACUCCACAAUAGAGUUCUCUUCCUCGUCAUUGUAAUAUCAAAAGCUAUGCGCAUUGCCUUGCCCCUAAUUGGAGAAAAAAGGUUUGUGAAGUUAUUUUAAUAGUUAUAUCAUUACAGUUGUUUGAAACCUUACUAUUAUAUAUCCAAAA